AUGUCUGAUUACGAAGAGCGUCGCAGAGUGCAGAACCGAGUUGCUCAGAAGAAGUAUCGAGAGCGCAAUCGCUCGAAAAACACACUAUCGGGCGCUCAGUCUCAAGAUAUUGCUAUCCAGCACCUUCAAAAUUCGAGCACUACUCCUGUACAACCACCACUCGCGGAAGUUGGCCGAGAGUGGAGUGAGCAAGGCCAGAGCAUUCUCGAUCCGUUGGCUAUGACCACGGCACCUGCUCCGGCGUCCGUCGCGGCUCCGCUGUCCGGCCCAAGCAAUAUCAAUGCACUCGGAGCGAUGAGCUCGGCGAUAUUGGGACAAAGCUUCCCCCUCAAUGGGGAAGCCGAUUUGUGGGGUAUCUUAAGGCUGGACGAUGUUCUUCCGGACCUGGUCGGAACAGGAUCAAGCUCGGACCAGUCCUUCGACGAUGUGCUCGGCGAGUGGACAUCGCCGAGUCAUGCCCAGGCAUCACGUCUUGGGCAAGGCUCUCAGGUUCACCUCGAACAUCCUCAAAUGACCAGCGACUUGCUCGUAGACGCAAUUCGAAACAAGGGACGUGCUCAAGACCAGCAGAUCAGCAAUUCCGAAAUCCUCGUCCACCAAAAAGCACUUCUCGGCAAACAGGCGCAACAUCACCUGACUCGAUUUGUGGCAACCUAUCGCUUGGGUAUGGCUUUGCAGAUCUUUCCGGCUGAUCUAUCCCUUAUCCACACGCUUUCCGCCGUCAUCUCACGGCUGGAAUCGUUGCAAAAACCAUAG